AUGGCUCCGCACAGAGCGGUGCAGCUGUCCCUGAAGAAGCCCACCUAUGCCGUGUGCGUGGUAGGAGUCGAGAUGUACGUGGAUGUUCGCAGUGACGUGCCCAAGGGUGCCGAGACCUUCGGGGUUUCUGGGAGCUCCGGAGUGGAGGUUUUCAUGGUCUAUGACCCAGCACGGGUGACAGUGCCCCCAGGCAAGACCAGCUGGCCCCUGAACGCCAACGUGGAUGUGACCAUAUCCGUGGACGCUGCCAGUAAGGACUUACACGACCUCAAGGUGAAAGUCUCCUACUUCGGGCCGCAGGCGGCUGGUGCCCUGGGCCACAGCGUGCUCUACCUCACUGGUGUCGACAUCUCCCUGGAUGUUGACACGGGUCGCACGGGCAAGGUGAAGAGGAACCACGGCGACAAGAAAACUUGGCGCUGGGGCCCUGAGGGCUACGGGGCUGUCCUGCUGGUGAACUGUGACCGGGACAGUCCCGCGUCCGGGGGGCCCGACCUCACCAGCAGCCAGCUGGCAUCCCUGGAGGACCUGCAGGACAUGUCCCCCAUGGUGCUGAGCUGCGACGGGCCAAACAGCCUCUUCGACAGCCACAAGCUGGUCUUGGACGUGCCGUUUUCCGAUUCCAGAAGAGUGGGGGUCUUCUGCGCCAGGGGUGGGCACUCCCUCGGGGACUACAGGCAGGUGCUGGGACCUCAGUGUCUGUCCUACCAAGUAGAGCGGCAGCCAGGGGAGCGGAAGAUAAACUUCUUCGUGGAGGGACUGGCCUUCCCCGACGUGGAUUUCUUGGGGCUGGUCUCCAUCAGCGUCAGCCUGGUGGACGCGGGGACCCUGCCUGAGGUGCCCCUCUUCACAGACACCGUGGCCUUCCGCAUGGCCCCCUGGAUCAUGACCCCCAACACCCAGCCCCCGCUGGAGCUGUAUGCGUGCAGCGUGGUAGACCUUCAUGGCUCAAAUAAGAAAUUUCUGGAAGACAUGUCUGACCUUGCAUUGAAAGCCAACUGCAAGCUGAUCAUCUGCCCUCAAAUUGAGAAUCGAAAUGACCGGUGGAUCCAGGACGAGAUGGAGUUCGGCUACACCGAGGCCCCUCACAAGUCCUUCCCCGUGGUCUUUGACUCUCCCCGAAACAGAGGCCUGAAGGAUUUCCCCUACAAGCGAAUCCUGGGUCCCGACUUCGGAUACGUAACCCGGGAGAUCCAGUUCGCGGGCGCCUCCAGCCUUGACUCUUUCGGCAACCUGGACGUCAGCCCGCCCGUCACGGUGGGCGGCAAGGAAUACCCCCUGGGCCGGAUCCUCAUCGGCAGCAGCUUUCCCAGGUCCGGCGGGAGGCGAAUGGCCAAGGUGGUGCGGGACUUCCUCCAGGCCCAGCAGGUGCAGGCGCCCGUGGAGCUCUACUCCGAUUGGCUGUCCGUGGGCCACGUGGACGAAUUCCUGAGCUUUGUGCCCACCGCUGACCAAAAGGGUUUCCGGCUGCUCCUGGCCAGUCCCAGUGCUUGCCUCAAGCUAUUCCAAGAGAAGAAAGACGAGGGGUACGGGGAGGCAGCCCAGUUUGACGGGCUAAGACACCAAGUGAGUAAAAGCAUUAAUGAGAUGCUGGCCGACAGCCGCCUCCGGAGGGACAGUCUCUAUGUCCAGAAAUGCAUCGACUGGAACCGGGAGGUGCUGAAGCGGGAGCUGGGCCUGGCGGAGCGGGACAUCGUGGACAUCCCUCAGCUCUUCUCCCUGAAGGCCUCCCGCGCAGAAGCCUUCUUCCCUGACAUGGUCAACAUGGUGGUCUUAGGGAAGCACCUGGGCAUCCCCAAGCCCUUCGGGCCCAUCAUCAACGGGCGCUGCUGCCUGGAGGAGAAGGUGCGGUCCCUGCUGGAGCCGCUGGGCCUGCACUGCAUCUUCAUCGACGACUAUGUGUCCUACCACCAGCUCCUCGGGGAGAUCCACUGCGGCACCAACGUGCGCCGGGAGCCCUUCUCCUUCAAGUGGUGGCACGUGGUGCCCUGAGCCUCCCUCCACCCGCCAUCCUCUCCGCCCAUCUGCCAGGGGCCCCCGCCACGGAGGGGACGAGGAGCCUCCACCAGGCCUCCGUCCUUUUAGGGGAGCCUCGAGCGCUUCUUCUCGGGUGCCUGCAAACGUGCUGGCCACCGCAGGCCCCGGGAUGCAGUGACAGACGCCCACGCCCUCACCUCUGCAGUGGCCUGCCCAGCCCGAGAGGGGCUACCCUCAUCCCCCCUCCCUCGUCCUGCUCCGCCACUCCCAGAGGUUCUGGAAAAGAGCACUGGCCUUAGCACGUUCAAGGACAGCCGUACGCAGUCGGUCGAGGCUGUGCCCGACUUUGAGUCGCUCUCGCUCUGUUCUGUACUCCCCCUGGGUCUUUGCGGGGGAACAGCGCCCCCAGGGCCUGGGCUCAGAGGCAGGGGCCUGGGUCCAGACCACCUGCGGUUCUUGUAAGAGCAGGCGCGGGGAGGUGAGGCCCCCUCUUUUCCUGACCAGCUGUCCCCUCCUGCAGGGGACCCUCAGCGUGUGACCUCCCAGCACUCCUCAGCCAUAUUUAUGGAGACAAAUAAAGACGGGGAAACCUA